UUUAAUCGGAGCACCACUUGGUUAACGAAGAGAAAAGGGCAGAAACCAACUGCCGUCAGUUGGCAUGCAGUUACGCUUGUGUCAUUCCCCUACUUGCUCGUCCUUCAUGCCUUCCCCUUCCCUUCCCUUCACUUCAUUCUCAUUUCAUCUUCAUGUGAAGAACUGCUUCAUCACUCCGGCUGGCUUGUUGCCUCGUUCCUUCGCUUUACGCUUCGCCCCCUCAUCCCAUACGCCUCGCUUGUGCAUCUUCGCGCAGGGAAGAAGGCAUGGAGGACGAGCAAGCGGGCAUACUGGACGCGCCGCAGCGUAUUCCCAGGUGUUUCAGAAAUUUAACGUCAGGCUGCUUUUCACUACUCUCUUGACCUCUUGCUCAACGACACUCUUGAAUCUAUGUGGCUCUAUUCUGAGUGGUGGUUUAUUGCGCCCGCUGAAGGUUGGCAUAAGGUUGACAGCGCCGUGAGUUGUUUGAGGUUGUUUCGGGAUUUGUGAGUGCAGUUUUAUGGAUUCUGUGAUGUCGGAAUCUCUCCGUAGUCCUCCACGGUUUGUGGAUCUUUCCGUGCAGAUGGUGUGAUGUGCAAGCUGCUUUGAACUAUGCAAGUUGUAAAGUCAGAAGUAUGUACUGGAUUCACAAGGCAAUUUCAGGUUGCGGCAGAUUUGUUUUCGUCGUUGCUAAGAUGUUCAGGGACUCUAUUGCGAAUUAGCCACUAGUUUAGUACUGUUAAAAUGGAACAGAAAGCGGGACGCAGAGAGUGAUUGUAGGUUUAUGAAAGAAUUUCGCGCAUCAAUGAAUAGCCGCGGAGUCGCUCUCUGUAGAAUUUUUUAUGGUUAGGAACCUCAGAAAAAUUACAUCUCUUAUGGAGCAAUUUCGCUAACUUUACGGUCCGUGACACGUAGCUGUUGAACAUCUGCGGCCUAGGGGGUUUACACGAAGUUUUUGAUGGUUUGGAUAUUGUUGAGAGACGCUAGGUAUCAGCUUUUUUAUGCAGUUUUUAGAAUGCCUUGUGGUGACCACCACAAUGAAGGAGACUCAAACGUCGACACCAUAAAGCGUGAAGUAGCUGGAUACCAGAUGUUGAGCUACGGCACCUGAACCUGUCUGCACAUCGGCCACAGGAGAGAGUGAUGACCGGACUAGUGUGUACACGAAGGAUUUUGGUAGUGAAAGGAAGAUUACAAACAGCUCAUAUCUCUGCACGCCAUCCUCAACCACAGCUGUAAAUUUUCGGAUGGUGGAGCCAUGGAACUCCCACAACUCUACCGGCGCCACCCCUGAGAAUUGCCAUAGCCGUUUGCCAUCUGGACUAGCCUCAAAUGUUGCAAUCGCGACUGACACAAAGUCAAGGGUCGUUCCCACUGUCAUGCUUAAACCACGGGAGGUUCCAUGCAACCUCUCCCGUCAGGAUCAGGAUUCGAUGGAGGAUGAGAUUCUGCAAAUGAAGAGAGCACUGCUCGAAAAGGAAAUGGAGCUUCGAAGACAGAAAGUACAUGCAGCGAAUGUUGAGGCCGAGAGCAGAAAACUUGCGAAAGAUAUUGAGGCGCUUGAAGUGAUUUCAAAUCUAGAAGGUCCAUUCAUGGGGAGUCCCCGCAGACUGCGUGCCAAAAUUGCAGGUCUGAAGGGCAUGUUAGAGGAAGCGUACAACACAUGCGAGUCGCAAGCCAUUGAACUGGACGAGCUGCGAAGAGAUGUCCGCCUCACUCACGCUCGUGAACUCGAGGUGGAAAGGAGUGUGUAUGCAGCUGAAGUACGCCGGCUGCAACAGGUUGUGAAAAACCUGAAGUCGGUAAAUGGCAGAAUCGGACUUGAGAACCGCGCCGCCAGGCAUCUGAAGGCAAAGAAUCACCAUCUCGAGGUCAUGAACCUGUUCCUCUCGAGUUGUCUAUCGGCGAGCCUACGUCAGACACCGAGGAUUCCAAGGACUACAAAGACCCCAGCACGACGGGAUGCAUUAAUCGAGAAUUCUUUUGUCGAUCUUGACGACGUCCAACAGCGCAGGGAACAAGGCUACUUCUACAGAGUUAGUACUUCCGCAGGGGCUUGUUGCCAAGAUGGGAACCGCAGCAGGCUGACUACCUUGUGAAGUUCGGCUUAUUUAAUAGCACCUGUGCAUAUAGUGAUGAGAACGUCUUCCCUGGUCAAGCGAAAUCUUUCGUUCAGCUUGCGAGUGCCAUCGAAAGAUGAUGUUGAGCCCAUGAGACUGCAGUCCUCCACAAUCAGUGCAGCACCAGAGACGUAUUUCCAGGAACAAGAAAUUCAAUUGAAAGGGUGGUAAAUUGCGAAUCGAAUAGCAAUUGACGGGAAUUACCAGACUCUGUCUCUAUUUUACGUGGUUCUGAGUACAUGAGCAUGUUCUUUCUGACAUUUAUCGUGUAUCAAGACCGCGAGAUUCGUGCAGUAAGCAAAGAAGUCUGUUUUCAAGAGGUUUUAUGCCACAGACGAAUCCAUUCCGAUUUGACUUUCAGUAGUAUGUGGAGUUGUCCAAAUCCUAUAAUUCGGGGUUGGAGGUGCAACUUGAGUCAAGAAUCUAGUGAAUCCAUGGGCUGGAGCCCACAGCGCAAUGUUGGAACUACUGCAGAAUGAAUCAAAAGACUGAAGAACUCUCCGUAACGCAGAUAUGAUUUCCGCUCUACCAGGCGAACAACUCGCCUCCAACGACACUUGUAGGCUAUUAGUAAUCCUAUCCGGUAUUACUUCCAGAGAUUAUUUCUUAGAGGGUAGUCUAAAUCUGAAGAACAGUUCAAGCGGUGACUUGAGAGGUCGACAUUCGCCUAAUCCCAGCAUUUGCAUGAGAAUGGGAUACAAUGUUGCGACAUGACUCUUAGAUAUAAUACAGCCUUCAUUUUGUUAGUUAGUU